GAAAAUGGCUAUGGGUUCACGGCCCUUAUGCUCGCAAGUGAGCAAGGCUACCAUGAGGUUGUGCGACUUCUGCUGGAUGUUGGCGUUGAUUUAGACCUGCUGGCCUGCCUUACCCGCACAGCUCUUAUGCUCGCGUCGGAAAGAGGUAAUGGAAAGGUGGUCGACAUGCUGUUGGAAGCUCGCGCAGACAUGAACGUGCAGAGUGAGGACGGACACACGGCCCUCAUGCUCGCUGCACGAGGGGGGCAUGGCCAAAUUGUGUCUGUGCUAGCGGAAGCUAGUGCUGAAAUGGAUUGCAAGAACAAGGAUGGCCAAACAGCGCUGAUGCUAGCAUUUUCGCGAUGUCACGUCGAGGCCGUAAACACGUUGCUGAUAGCAGGUGCUACGACUGCUACCAUGAACCUGGAGAGUUAUAACGACCCAACGGCUGUCGUGCGCGCAUCUGAGCAAGGCUACACAGAGGUGUUGCGCAUGGUGUUGGCUGCACGAGCAGGAGUAGACUGGAAGGCUGCUGGUGUUACAUCAGCGCUGAUGAUCGCGUCUGUUCACGGGCAUGAGGAGGUUGUGCGCUUGCUGUUGAGUGCAGGCGUAGACAAGGACUGCUUGGAGGUUUACAGCCACACUGGCCACACAGCUUUGGGUUUG